AUGGUAAAGUUGCUGUCCAAAUCACCAGUGGCAUUAAAUAGUCCAACUCUGUAACAAUGGGACAACAGUUUCAGAGAGAAUUACGAGAUGUAUUAAACAGAGAUUGACAAAAAUACCUAUGCAUUACAGAGAAGCAUUAGGGGGUUCUGGAUAUUUGGAAAGGCAUUCUACCCUGCUUUGACUCAGCAUUACAGUUAGAAAUUAGAGCUAUACCAAUUGAAAUAGCAAUUAGGAAAGAUUGAAUAAUCAGAGGUCAAUUUAUAUAAGACUGUCGACCCAAGCAUCAGCACCGUCUUGAAUAAGACCUUCAGCACUCAAUGGCCUUUGGUGGAAUCUCCAAGACAUAUCCAUUACAGCUGGGCUACAAGUCUACGCUCAAUUGUUUAAUUUUGGAUACUCAUGGCGAUUCGGAUUCUUGGUUCUCCCAUAUUGUGCUAGAGUCUUCUAUGACUAUGCAACAUCAUACUAAAAUAAAUCAAGGGCAGUCGAAUUUCUCAACUGGGCAAUCCAAUACAGAAAAGCUAAGAGCCAAAUCGAAAGAGGCACUCUGGACCCACUAGCAACUGAGAAAUAUUAGGCCCUCUUUGGAACUGUGAAGAAGGGACCACUACAAGUUUAUGCCAGAUGUUAUCUAAUUGGCUUCAUAAUAAAAUCCCAAUUUGUGAUGGAUAAAAUAAAUGAUAUAAUGAAUAUCAAUCAUUGGAAUAAUAUUUACUUCAUAAUCUCAGUUAGAAAGGCUCCAGCCAAUCCACUGAGAAUUUCU